GGAAGAAGCGCACGUCUGAUUUAAAUACCAUCAGCAGGCAGCGCUGGAUUUUUCUCUCACGCAGAGGAGCUCCGCUGUGACGAGGUGACUACCUGUGGCAGUUGUAUCUGUUGUGUCCAGGACGAUGUCUUAUAGUAUCCUGAAGUGAAAAACAGAAACAAGAAAAGUGAUUGGAAAGCUAUGAAACUAGAAGACAUUUUGGACUAGUGUCCUGAAAGGAGUAAGUCACGAUGGUCCUAUUUCUGGUGGCAACACAUCUUAUAUUAAACACCUCCUCACAUGCGAACUGGUCUGCAGAGCCUCCUUCUCCUCAGGGUUCUCACAUCCUACCGGCUGCUCUCAUCAUUUCUCUGCUUCUCAUCAUCUUCAUCCUCCUCACGGUCUACCUGCUCAGGCUCAGACACCAAAGGAAGGAUCUUGUCAAUUCAGUUGACAAAAAGCUGCCCAAUGGCUUCCUGGAGGACCAAGAACAGACAGUGGUGCUCCUCCCCAGAUCUCCCUCUCCAUCAAAGCAUUACUUCCCCAUCCCGCUGGACUCUCUGGAGGAAGAGUACCGCCUGCGCAUGGCAGACGACGGCAAGCUGUUCAGAGAGGAAUUUAACUCUUUGCCGUGCGGGUUCGGACGUGGCACGUUCGAGGAAGCGAGCCGAGAAGAGAACAGAGAAAAGAACAGAUACCCAAACAUACUGCCCUAUGAUCACUCCAGAGUGUUGCUGUCGCACGUCGACUCCCGUAUGUGCUCAGACUACAUUAAUGCCUCGUAUAUAGAUGGUUACAAAGAAAAGAACAAAUUCAUUGCCACUCAAGGUCCGAAACCUGAGACAGUGCUGGAUUUCUGGAGAAUGGUUUGGGAGCACAAAUCUGCCACCAUAGUCAUGUUGACUAACGUACGAGAGAGGAAAGAGGAGAAGUGCUAUCAGUAUUGGCCAGAGCAGGGCUGCUGGCUGUACGGAGGUGUGAGGGUGUCUGUGGAGGACGUAACAGUGCUGGUAGACUACACGAUCAGAAAGUUCUGUGUGCAAUAUCAGUCUUCAGAAGGCUGCAGAUCCCCGAGGUUGGUCACCCAGCUCCACUUCACCAGCUGGCCUGAUUUUGGUGUGCCACUCUCUCCUAUUGGCAUGCUUAAGUUUCUCAAGAAAGUGAAGAGUGUGAACCCAGCACACGCCGGACCCAUAAUCGUUCACUGCAGUGCUGGGGUUGGAAGGACCGGGACCUUCAUUGUGAUCGACGCCAUGAUGAACAUGAUGCACGCCGAGGGCAGGGUGGACGUCUUCAGCUUCGUGACCCGAAUACGAAACCAGCGCUGCCAGCUCGUCCAGACAGACAUGCAGUACUCGUUUAUUUAUCAAGCUUUGCUGGAGCAUUACCUGUACGGGGACACUGAAUUGGACGUUUCCUCCCUGGAAGGUCACCUGCACAGACUCCACAGUACUCACACACACAUGGACAGAGUGGGGCUCGAGGAGGAAUUCAGAAAACUGACUAAUGUUCGAAUUAUGAAGGAAAACAUGAGAACUGGGAAUCUGUCGGCUAACAUGAGGAAGAACAGAGUACUGCAGAUUAUUCCGUACGAUUUCAACAGGGUGAUAUUGUCUGUGAAAAGAGGCCAAGAAUUCACAGAUUACGUAAACGCAUCUUUUAUAGACGGUUACAGGCAAAAGGAUUACUUCAUAGCAACCCAAGGUCCGUUAGUGCACACUGUGCAGGAUUUCUGGCGCAUGGUGUGGGAAUGGAAGUGUCACUCUAUCGUCAUGCUAACUGAGCUAAAGGAGAGAGAGCAGGAGAAAUGUGUGCGUUACUGGCCUGCAGAGGACAACGUCUCAUUCGGAGAUUACAGUGUGGAUCUGAAGAGAGACACACUAUACGAGACGUUUAGCCUCCGAGAUUUGCUGCUGACAUACACACCGGAGAAGCAGUCUCGUCUGGUUAGACAUUUUCACUUCCAUGGCUGGCCAGAGAUCGGAAUCCCAUCAGACGGAAAAGGAAUGAUUGAUCUGAUUGCUGCAGUGCAGAAACAACAGCAGCAGUCUGGGAACCACCCCAUAGUGGUGCACUGCAGUGCCGGUGCAGGCCGAACCGGAACAUUCAUCGCCCUCAGUAACAUUCUGGAGCGGGUUAAAGCUGAGGGUUUACUGGACGUGUUCCAGACUGUGAAGAGUUUACGCACGCAGAGACCACACAUGGUCCAAACUGUGGAGCAGUAUGACUUCUGCUACAAAGUGGUCCAGGAUUUUGUAGAUAUCUUCUCAGACUAUGCUAAUUUCAAAUAAUGAAUUUUCUUUUCAUCACUUCUGAUCAAACAUUCAAGUUUGUUCUGCUUUCAGUUUGAAGAAACUCUUGCUGUGGGUCCGUAAUGCUCUAUGCACUUCAUCUUUCUCUUGUUAAGUAUCAGAAUAAUCGCAGUUAGAGUUAAAUGUGGGUUUUUUUGUACAUAAGCAAGUCCUCACGUGUGUAAGCACAUGAAGACGACACAAAGCAUUUGCAUUUUGGUUGUUGUAUCUUUGUACUUUGUUAAAUACUGAAAUUGCUUUAUUUAUAUAUUUUGGGUACAGCGCUGAGUGAGAACAUUUUUAGAUAAUCAGGAUAUAUGUAUGUUUGGACAUUGCUCGC